AUGAAUGCUCAAUCACACCAGCCACCCAAACCACACCAGCCGGCACGCAAGACAGCCAAGCCACGCCAGCUGGCAUACAAGCAAGGCCAGCCCGCACCCAAGCCAAUCCAGCCGGCACGCAACCCACCCAAGAGACGCCAGCCAGCAGGCAAGCCACGCCAGGUCAGGCCCCCUCCAGCCAGGCUAGCCUUCAAGGGCCUUCAUUGCAUGGAAAGAAAACAUUUCGGUAAUUUAGGGGCAGAGCAACAGCAAAUGCAGCUUCUUGCAGAAUACAAAGCCAAAGUGAACAUAGACAGGGAAAUAAUUGAAGACCCUAUGACUGUUAGCAAGGGUUUGUUGUCGGAAAAAGUUGGAAUGACUAAGUGGCCAUCACUGUAUAUAGAUGACAUUUCAGAGUAUUUACAUACAAACCAACCAAAGGAUUUGAUUAAAUGGGUAGUGAACAAGCACAAAGAAGGCAAGGCGUAUCGCUCCUUCACAUGCGAAUGGAUUAAGGAAGUGUACACAUAA